UAUAUAGAAGAGAAUAACGGACUCCUUUUCCCUAUUUUUCUGCAAUGGUCAUAAUCCACAGCCGGAGACUCGCGUACUGCCUUCCCUACCAGUUCUUAGCCUCUACAGACAUGGCGUCUUCAGCCUUCUCGAGGUUGCUUAAUCUUCAAGGACAUUUUCAACAAAUGAAGCAGGGUGGGAGAGAUGGCAAUGGCAGAUGGCAUGUGAGGGUAUCUCCAGAUGUGUCUGAUGCCCUGAUGUGUGGGAGUGCAGUUGUUGCUCUAGAAUCCACUAUUAUUUCACAUGGAAUGCCCUACCCUCAGAACCUUCAGACUGCAAAGGAGGUGGAGGCAAUUGUUAGGGAGAAUGGAGCUGUUCCAGCCACAAUGGCCAUUUUAGAUGGGAUACCAUGCAUAGGUCUGACUAGUGAAGAACUAGAGAAGCUUGCAAAGCUUGGCACUAAGGCUCAAAAGACAGCUCGUAGGGAUAUUGCAUAUGUUGUGGCUACCAGAGGAAAUGGUGCAACAACUGUUUCUUCCACCAUGUUUUUUUCUUCAAUGGUUGGCAUCCCUGUGUUUGUUACUGGGGGAAUUGGAGGAGUGCAUAGAAAUGGUGAAAAUACAAUGGAUAUAUCUUCUGAUCUUACUGAGCUUGGACGAACUCCAGUAGCAGUUAUCUCUGCUGGUGUCAAGUCAAUUUUAGAUAUCCCAAGAACACUUGAGUACUUGGAAACUCAAGGAGUUACAGUUGCUGCGUAUAAGACAAACGAGUUUCCAGCCUUUUUCACUGAAACAAGUGGCUGCAAGGUUCCUUGCCAUGUGGAUUCCCCUGAAGACUGUGCUGAGCUCAUAGAUGCAAACAUGAAACUUGGGCUUGGAACUGGUAUUUUGAUAGCUGUGCCAAUCCCAAAAGAACAUGCAGCAUCAGGAAACUUGAUUGAGUCUGCAAUACAGAGGGCCCUUAAAGAAGCAAGGGAUAAAAAUGUGACUGGCAAUGCAGAAACUCCAUUCUUGCUUGCAAAAGUGAACGAACUCACUGGAGGAGCCUCUCUGGUUGCAAACAUUGCACUUGUGAAGAACAAUGCCCUUGUUGGUGCAAAGACUGCUGUAGCUCUUGCUAAGCUCAGAAAGAACAGUAAUUACGGUAAUGCUGAGUCAGCAUCAUAAGCCUGGGAACACUUACAUGCCAUUCUCUUAUUUGUGACUUGACUUGAAUGACUUGCUCUCCAAGGUUUUUUUUUUUUUUUUU